AGUUCGCCGCGCACAUGGACGAAGAGGCCACGGGCCCCAAAGAGGAAGUGAAAAGAUUGAUUUCGAACUUCAAAGAGGCCAUGGAAGAAGAGGAGGAAGAGGAGGAAGAAGAAGAAUAA